GGCGGAGAAUGUCGCGGCUGCUCAGAGCCCUGUCGCGUGUUCCCGGCCCCCGGAAGUGGCCGUUGUAAACUUCACCUCGUAGACUUUCUCCAUCCUGGUCCCUAGAGUCCAUCGGCUUUCCCCAGUUGUCACUCUUUCUCCCGAGGGUUGCCUGACCUCCCACCCCGAGACCUGAAGCUGCCUGGGGGUCGUGGGUGUGCAGGCUGGACCACGCGAGUCCGAGACUUUAGUCCAUCUAACCUGUAAGUCACAGACAUCGCCAUAAGGAAGUAUAUUAUUAAGAAGCAGUGAGGUCUUUUGAAAAAACUGGAAGACUUACCAUGAGUUUAAAUCCUUCAAGCAGUGCCACUACUGGGGACACCCAAAGGUUGAAAAAUGCCUCAUUGGAUGUAAAACAAAUGCUUAAAAAUGAAGCAGAGUCGGAUAUCACCGCUGAUCUCAGAAGGAAGCUCCAUCGGGCUAAGAAGGAGAAAUUAGAAAUGACAACUAAGCACAAUGCAGAGCUGUCAAGCUAUGAGAGCCAGAUUGCCAGGCUGCGGGCUGAGGUGGAAAAAGGAGAAGCGCUGCGACAGCGUCUGGAGUACGAUCUGGCUGUCGCUAGGAAGGAGGCUGGUCUAGGAAGACGGGCGGCCGAGGAGAGACUGGCCGAGGCGCAGCGGAUUCAGGAGAAGCUCUGCGCUCAGAAUUCAGAACUUCAAGGAAAGGCAAAUGAGAUUGAGAAAACAUUUCAGACUUCCCAAGAGAAAUGGAGAGAAGAAUGCAGGAGAUUUGAACAUGAUUUGGAGGAACGAGACAAUAUAAUUCAAAAUUGCAAUCGAGAAUACGAGUCACUUAUGCAGGAAAAAACCCGGCUACAAAAAACUCUACAGGAAAUACAAGAAAAGCACGAGCAAGAGAAGACAGAGCUGGAGUCUCGUGUCAGGGAGACUGCAUUGGACGGAUUUAGAUUACAAACAGAAGAGUGGGAAGCAGAACGGAGAGAGCUACAGCUUAUAGUGCAGGAGCAAGAUAGUGCUGUGCAAAGUAUGCAGAAAAAAGUGGAACAGUUAGAAGCAGAACACAUGGACUGCUCUGACCUUCUACGGCGACAGACGAGCGAGCUUGAGUUUAGCACUCAAAGGGAGGAGCGCCUGAGGAAAGAGUUUGAGGCAACCACUCUGAGAGUGAGGAAGCUGGAAGAGAAUAUUGAAGCAGAAAGAGCAGCACAUUUGGAAUCAAAAUUUAAUUCUGAAAUUAUUCAGUUACGGAUUCGGGACCUCGAAGGAGCUUUACAGGUAGAAAAAGCCAGCCAGGCAGAGGCUGUGGCCGACCUGGAAAUGAUCAAGAAUGAAUUCAAAGAGGUUGAGAGUGCAUAUGAGCGAGAGAAGCGUAACACAGAGGAGAGCUGUGCCAAGCUGAACUUAUUAGAAAGAGAAUAUUUCUCCCAAAACAAGAAACUAAAUGAAGAGAUCGAAGACCAGAAGAAAGUAAUUAUAGAUCUUUCAAAGAGACUCCAAUAUAAUGAAAAAAGUUGCGGUGAGCUACAGGAGGAACUUGUAAUGGCCAAGAAGCACCAGGCCUUCCUAGUGGAGACAUGCGAGAAUAACGUGAGAGAACUGGAAUCCAUCUUGGGCAGCUUUAGCGUGUCAGCGCAGUGGACAUCAGGCGUCCACAAGGACAAAGAUAAGCCUCCCAGCUUCUCUGUCGUCCUUGAGACUUUGAGACGGACCUUGACAGAUUACCAGAACAAGCUGGAAGAUGCAUCUAAUGAGCUAAACAACAUAAAUGAUGCCAAGGAAAAGACAUCCAACGAACUCCAUUCCACCAAACAAAAGAUUGAGACUCACAUUAAAAAUACAAAGGAGCUGCAGGAUAAGCUGACAGAGGUCCAUAAGGAGCUCAGCCACCUGCGCGCUAAGUGCGCAGACCGUGAGGCUCUGAUCACCUCGUUGAAGGUGGAGCUGCAGAAUGUGCUGCACUGCUGGGAGAAGGAGAAAGCCUGUGCAGCACAGUAUGAGAGCGAGCUGCAGAAGCUGUCGCAGGCCUUCCAGAAGGACGCUGAGGAAAAGCUAACCUUCCUUCACACCUUGUAUCAGCACCUGGUAGCAGGCUGUGUGCUCAUAAAACAACCAGAAGGCAUGUUGGAUAAAUUCUCUUGGCCUGAGCUUUGUGCCGUCUUGCAGGAGAAUGUCGACGCCCUCAUUGCAGACCUUAACAGGGCUAAUGAGAAGAUAAGCCACCUGGAGUACAUCUGUAAAAACAAGUCGGAUACGAUGAGAGAGCUUCAGCAGACCCAGGAGGACACCUUCAACAAGGUGGCGGAACAGAUCAAGGCCCAAGAGAGCUGCUGGCAGAAGCAAAAGAAGGAGCUGGAGUUCCAGUACUCCGAACUUCUCCUGGAGGUGCAGAGGAGGGCGCAGAAAUUUCAAGAAAUUGCAGAAAAAAACUCAGAAAAAUUGAACCGCAUCGAGAACUCCCACGAACAACUGGUUCGUGAGAAUUCACAUUUCAAAACCACGUUGUCCAGGACGCAGAGGGAACAGACGUGCUUGCUGGCAGCCUGUGCGCUGAUGGCUGGUGCGCUGUGUCCUCUCUACAGCAGGUCAUGUGCCUUAUCCACACAGAGGGACUUUCUCCAGGAGCAAGUCAAUAGUUUGGAACUGUUCAAACUGGAAAUUAGAACCCUGGCCCAGGCGUUGUCAGCAGUAGACGAGAAGAAACAAGAAGAAGCCAAAACGAAGAAAAAAACAUUCAAGGGAUUGGUCCGUGUCUUCCGGAAAGGUGUGAUUGCAAUCUUGGCAGCAAACAGACUCAAGCUUUUGGGCCAAUCCUGUGCCUUUCUUUUCACCUGGAUGGAGAGCUGUAAAGAAGGCAUAGGCAUGCUGGUGUGUACCGGGGAGCCCAAAGACAAGUGCAAGUUCCCAAAACAUCAGAGGGAACAGUUGCGCUGUUUACAGGCAUUCACGUGGCUUACCAGUUCUGACCUUCUAGGUACAAUCAUCAGUUCUAUGACGGAGCUGCAAGAAGUCAUUAGUAAAACAGAUCCAAAUUCCAGGAUUUGUGGACAUUUACUCAUAGGUGCAGCCAAGAAUUCUUUUGCGAAACUAAUGGAUAAACUUAGCUCGGCAAUGGCAAACACCCCUCUGCAUAGCAGCCGGAGCAUAACGUAUGUAGAAAAGGAUUCUCUGGUUCAGAGGCUGGCCCGGGGACUUCACAAAGUGAACACGCUGGCCCUGAAGUAUGGUUUAUGCAGCCAUAUUCCCAUCAUGAAAAGCACUGCAUCAUUACAAAAGCAAAUAUUUGGGUUUACGCAAAGGCUGCAUGCAGCUGAGGUUGAGCGCCGCUCCCUGCGCCUCGAGGUGACAGAAUACAGACGGACCGUGCAUGAGAUGAAAAAGGAGCUGGACAAAUCACAGAGUCUGCAAACGCAGUUAAACGAAUUCAAGCACUCUAAAUUGAUCACCCAUGAGAAGUUUGAAAGUGCAUGUGAAGAACUAAAUAAUGCAUUACUUCGGGAACAGCAGGCACAAAUGCUGCUGAAUGAACAGGCCCAGCAACUGCAGGAGCUGAAUUAUAGACUUGAACUGCACUCCAGCGAGGAAGCUGACAAAAACCAGACUCUUGGAGAAGCUGUUAAGAGUCUCUCCGAGGCAAAGAUGGAGCUGAGAAGGAAAGAUCAAUCUCUACGUCAGCUCAAUAGACAUCUUACCCAGCUGGAGCAGGACAAGCGUCGACUGGAGGAGAACAUCCGCGAUGCAGAGAGUGCCCUCCGCAUGGCAGCCAAAGACAAAGAAUGUGUUGCUAAUCACAUGAGAACUGUAGAAAACAUGCUUCAUAAGGUCAGAGACCAGAUCUCACUGUCACGGACUGCAGCAACUAGGAAUGACUUCACCCUGCAGCUACCCAAACUGCACCUGGAGACCUUUGCAAUGGAGGGGCUCAAGGGUGGGCCAGAGGUGGUAGCAUGCCAGGCCAUGAUUAAAAGUUUCGUGGAUGUCUACCAGCUUGCAAGCGCUAGAAUCUCUACCUUAGAGAAGGAAAUGACAUCGCACCGAAGUCAUAUCGCAACUCUCAAGUCUGAGCUCCACACAGCUUGUCUAAGAGAGAACGAAAGCUUGCCGUCGAUGGGAUCCCGAGACCAUUCCAACCUCUCCGUCCCUUCAAGAGCUGCCGCCCCUAUGGACACAGUUGGGGACUUGCUUCCAUUGCAAGCGGAACUCGAUACAACUUACACUUACACUUUCGCGAACACGGCCCCCCAUUCUCUGUCAUCUCAGUCCUCUCCAGGGGUGCCUGCUAAUGCCAAAAGACCAUCUCAGAUAGGAUUAUAACUUUGAGAAAUUAAAAAAAAAAGAUGGAGGAAGAGCCAAUGAUAUAAUUAAAAUUGUUUUGAAGGGGGAUUUUCUUAUCAGUUGAGUUCUGUUUAAUUACAAGUAAGAGCGGGCCUUUAAAAAUGGUGUGAUAUCCCGAUGUGCACAGAGAUCUGUCUCCUUAAAUAAUGAAACAACCCACUUUUUCCUCCCUAAGUUUUAUUUAUGAUCACAGUUGCUCAUUUUUAUGUAACAUAUUUUUAAAUGUUAAAGAAUGACACAUUUUGGGUAAUUUCCCCCGGACUUAAAAAAAAAAAAAAUCAAUAAGCCAUUCUAGUCUCUAUCUAUCAACGUUGUUUCCUCCUUGUCUAUUUUAAAGCAAGACUGCAAUACUUUAAUAGGAUUGAGAGAGCUAUUUGAAAUGUAUGCCAAUGAUGCCUGUCAUUUCAUGGCAGCCCUGCCAUGGUUCACUGAACCCCUCUUCUCUCUUGUCAGCUCGACUGAAGACAAGCAUUUAGUUGCAAACUUUAAGCAGGUUGUACAAAACAGAAAUGAUGUGGGCGCUUCUUCUCCUGCACAAUAAUGUCACUCCUGGUCAAUGUGAGAAGGUCAGGUUGCUCCCUGUAAGGCUACAUGAUACCACUUGCCCAUUUGAACAAGUUAAGUUAACUGCUGAAUCUGGUCCCAGUAGUCAUUGAAAACCAUGUCCUU